CGUUCGUCGCUCGCCGCCGCAAUUCCCCAUUUCCUCCUCCUCCGUUUCCCCUAUUUGAGCGCGUGGCUGCGGAGAUUUGCGGCGGAGUAGAUGUCGAAGCGGCAAGGUUAGAGGAGGAGCGGGGCAAAUGGUGGGCAGUUCUUGAGAUUUUGCGGAUCUGGUAGGUUCGAAUCCGAGCUGGGGGUGUAGGAGCGAAGUGAGAACGGUGACAGAUUUUUUUCGGGGGGUUUUGAAUUUUGGGGAAAGCAUCGUAGGUUCAGAUAAGUGAGAACAAGGAUCAGAGAGAGGAGAGCAAGAUAUUGCAACAGUAUGUCCGAGAUGAGGGAUGGCAAGAGGACCGCCCUCGGCGACCUCUCUGGGGGUGGGUUCUUCAUCAGGAGGGUGGCCUCGCCUGGUGCUGCUCUGGCGGUGAGGGGCGCCGGGAAGCCGCUGCCCCGGCGGUUCAUGGCGCCCUCCAACAAGGAGAACGUGCCACCGGUCUGGGCUGUGAAGGCCAAGCCUGCAAAGAGGAGGAGCCCACUUCCUGAUUGGUACCCGAGGACACCGCUGCGUGACAUCACGGCUAUUGCAAAGGCUAUUGAGAGAAGCCGCUUAAGGAUUGCUGCUGCUCAGCAGCAGAGCCAGAAACCUGAGGAAGAUAUUCCUCGUUGCACUGAAGGUCAGGACUCCCUUGAUGUUGCCCCUGGUAGCAGCUCAACUCAAAUCGUUGCGACCCCAGCAUCUUGCUUGGCCAAGGACAGUCUGAAGAUUUUUUCCUCGCCAUCUGAAACAUCACUUGUUACCCCAUCCAGGCCAAUGGAUCCAGCUCUUCUGGAUGAUAUGGAGAAGAAACUGUCCAGCUCAAUAGAGCAGAUAGAGAAGAUGGUGAGGAGAAACCUGAAGCGAACUCCAAAGGCGACUGCUCAGCCUUCCAAGAGGGUCAUCCAGAGACGCACACUCAUGUCGAUGCGUUAAGGGUGUAUAUUCUGCUUCAUAGUGGGGGAGAGGAAAAAGUCCAUCUCAGACUUGUCCUGCUUCUCUCUUGUACGCUUCUUCCUUGGCCGCUAACUUAACUGCCCAAUGUGUUGCUGCUAUUCACCUUCCAGCCCUCCCUUGAACCCAAGCCUUAAAAAUUGCCUGGUGCUCUGCUCGAGGACCUAGUUCUAGGAUAAGCAGCUGGAACUGGAAGUGCCAAAUGUGCUCUCAAUGGCAGUUUCUCAUUCUUCUGCAGUAGAACAGCUGGACUGUUGACAGUGGUUUAUGCUAAAUAUUGCAGUAGAACCAUGUGGUCUAGAUUAAGUGGAACAAGGAACAACUGAACUCUGUAGAAACAUUUCAUUUUUGUGUUGUAGUAUGACAUGAACCACUACUGUAUGCGUGUUUUAGACCUUUUUUGGAAUUCAGGUGUUCCUUUGAAAUACAAGAUUAAAUAGCACAGAAG